GGGAGAAUGGUAGACGGAGUGAAGGGGAGGGAGGAGGAACCAGAAGAAAAAAAGUUAAACUAAAAAUGGCUUCCUUGUCUUCAGAACAAAACGAUAUAUGCACUGAGCAGCCGACAGAAGACUCAGAAAAAUCUAAAAUAAAGGAAGAGAGAGACCCUGACGAGGUUUCAGAGGAACUGCUUCAAAGUUUUCGCAAGUCGGAGCUUAGCUUUUCAAGUGACCAAGUGGCAUGUGUGUGCGAGGCACUUCUGCAGGCGGGUAAUGUGGAUCGCCUGUGGAGAUUCCUCUCCACCAUCCCUCCUUCGGCUGACCUGCUACGUGGCAAUGAAACUUUACUGAAGGCCCAAGCACUAGUCGCUUUCCACCGGGAAGAAUUCAAACAAUUGUACGCAAUACUAGAGAGCCACGAUUUCCACCCCAGCAACCAUGGGUUCCUGCAGGACCUUUACUUACAGGCACGGUACAAGGAGGCAGAGAGGUCCCGAGGUCGGAGCCUGGGUGCAGUGGACAAGUAUCGUCUUAGGAAAAAGUUUCCCUUGCCAAAAACUAUUUGGGACGGAGAGGAGACUGUAUAUUGCUUCAAAGAAAAGUCGCGCAAUGCUCUCAAAGAGUGUUACAAGAUCAACAGGUAUCCCACCCCAGACGAAAAGAAGAAUUUAGCUAAAGCCACCGGACUUUCCCUGACCCAAGUUAGUAACUGGUUCAAGAACCGACGACAGAGAGACCGAACACCCUCUGGUACCAACAGCAAAAGUGAAUCUGAUGGCAACCACAGUACUGAAGAUGAAGCCAGUAAGGGAGAUUUGGAGGACAUCACAGACAAACAUAUCAAUGAGGACUCGAUCACGUGUUCCACUGGCCCUCUCAUAUCCAUCUCUGGUACUACCUGCAGCACUGGUGGCCAGCUCAUUCUCAACAGCACAGGGGGGUUCCUCACCUCCCCUCAUCCUCUGCUUCUCAAUGGCAGCUCACUGCUCUCAGGCACGGGGUCAAGUGUCAUUAUCAACGGGUUGACCUUAAACGACAGGCAUGCGGUGACUCUCAGUCCAGUCACUGCCAACCCGCCUUUGCUACUGAAUGGAGCACAGGUAAUCCCCAAAGGUGUGGGAAUCAAUGACCUCAGCUUGGAGGUCCCGUCUGUUAGCGAAAUGGAAACACAAGCUACUCUCCCGACUGUGGUACUAAACACCCACACCAGCCCAAAUGGAACCAUCACCCUCCCACUGACAGAGGAUGGGAAAGGAUCCAGUGGCACAGCCUCUUCUCUGCCUACGCUGGAUUUCAUUAACUCCAUCAGUGUCCCAGAGGGCCUGGUACUAAAGACAGAUGAUGGGGUGCAAACUAUAUCACUGACUUCUGUACCCUCGUCCACCACUUCAUCCUCCAUUUCCCCCACCACCCCUCUGUCUCCUCUAUCUGUGAAUCAGAGUGGCCGAACCUCAGAGACCUUAAACCCCUCUCUGGCUGUCACCCCGACAGGAGUGGUUAUCUCUAACCCAAUGGUGCCUUUGACCUCCCAGCAGCAUGAGUUUGUGGUGUUUGCCACCGCUGGCUCGCAGCUUAGUCCCUCUAAUUCCAUCUGCCAGGUGGUCUCGUCUUCCUCCUCCUCCACGCCACAGGUGUUCUCUCUCCCCCAGGUGGUGCCUUCUAUCCAGGGCAUCCCUGUCUCUCAGCUGAUGCAGCACCACUCGGGAGCCCAAGUGUCUUCCUGUCCCCAGCUCGUCCCUGUGUCUUCCCUCACCAGUCAGCUGCCACAGGUUUCUGUCCCUCCUUUACAAGGUCAGAUGCUCCACAUAGCUCCGCGCCUUGCCCAAGUCCCGCAGUGUAGUACGUCCACCACCCUCAGCGAUGACAACAUUUUGUCUGUUUCCCAGGUGGCCAGUAGUCAGGUGUCCCAGGGCUUGACCCUCCAGCUUAGUGAUCAGUCUUCCUCAAACUCUCUCUCUCGUUCUCAGCGGCCUGCGCAACAGGUCAUUCCUAUUUCCUCCCCGACACAAGUCGUCCCUGUCUCUCAGUCGAAAGAACUAGGCCUUGCCCAGUUAGUCCCCGUAUCUCUGCCUCAACUUGUUCCUGUGUCCUCCAUCUCUGCAGCCUCCAAUGGAUCCCUUUCAUUUCCCCAAAUGGUACAAGCUAGCCCUACCCUUUCUAUACCAUCAGCUGGAGGUGCCUUCCAGAUCAUCAGUUCCAACCCCAGUGCAGGUGUUGGGGUCGCUCAGGCACCCCUGCGAGUUAACCAGCUUGGAUCCCUCCAGAGUGUUGGUCCCACAGCCAGUGCCUCUCCUGGGGUUCAGAUCCUCAAUUCGGGGAUCAUUCAAAUCCCCUCCAGCUCACCAGGUACUGGUAACUUUGUUCUGACAGGAGGCAUGGGGGGUAGUCCCAUUCUUAGCCUCCAGCAAGGCAAACUCAUUCUUACCAUUCCAGCUGGCAUCCAGUUCACCAGUGUGCCUGUUAAGUCAAUGUCAGAGAACCCUGUCCAAAGCAUGGUGACUUCUGACCAGACCCCGGUCAUCGUUACUGCAGAGAAUCCGCCCGCCACUUCUGCAGCAGUGCCAGCUUCGUCUUCCCUGCAGUGUUCCUCGUUGAGCUACACCAAUUCUGCACUGUACUGUAGCCCUGAGCCUGGAACGCCAGCCAACCCGACCCCCGUAGCUUCCCCCGACACGCCAGACUGUUCAAGCACUCAGACGUCCUCCACAGUGCUGCCGUCCCAGCACGCCUUGAGCCCAGAGAGCAUGCUGACACUCAGCCCCAUAUGCGGUUCAGGCUCACAGCUUCCACAGACCACGUGGAGCCCCGCUUCACUUGCCUCCUCUGCCACCCUCAGUCUGUUUGAUGUGCGGGGGAAGGGAGACCUAGCAGAGGAUCCCUCUCUGAUGGGACUGCCGGCUAGUGAUGGUCUGCUACUUGGGACUCCUCCGCCUGGUGGAGACAUGGACAAAGAAUCCCAGUUGGAUGAUACAGAAGAAAUGGACGGGGAUUCUAAAAUCCUCACACAACUCCAGUCUGUUCCUGUAGAUGAUGAUUUGGGUUUAUAGAUCAGCACUCCUAACAGACUUUUUGUGAUACAUAUUGGAGGAAUAUGCAUUACAAUCUACAUUCGUAGAGGGGUUCUCGGUAUAGUGUGGAACCUGCUUUUCCCUCUUACUCCCUCAAGUGUGUAUGUGUUAAGAGUGAGAGAGAGAGGGAGAGAGAAUGAACGAGAUUUUGGGGAACAUAAAGCUGAUAUUCAUUUUAAAACUUUUUUUUUUUUAAUAAUUUUUUAUUAAGGCUUACUUUGCUCACGUCCCAGUUCAUAUCAAUUUCUGUGACCAUGUAAGUUUUUUUUUUUUUAUUACUGUACUGUCAGGAAAAAGUGGAUGUAUUAUAGAUGCUGAAUACAUCCAGUAGACAAUCAACAAAUUCCUUAGCAGUUAAAUACAGUGCCGGUGAGGCUGUCAAGAUUAUGAUCAGAUACUGUCGUAAAUGAGGGUAAAAAAAGUUAAAGGGUAACAUUUUUGUUUAGUUUCAUCCAUUCUGACUACACUAAAAUGCCAUCCAGUCAUGCAGUGGUCUGUUACCAAGUAAAACAAAGCAGUUGUGAUGAAAGCAAAGUGAGCUGAGACAGACAAAUGGUUAAUUGCUUUUGUGAAACUGAUUAAUGUGAUAAAUUUGAGUGGAUUCAGUAACUCAAGAUGAUAUAAAAUCUCAGUCUAACAGAUCAACUGACGCUGAAUUGGCUGAUAAGCCACCCAAGCAAAGAGUAAGCACUAAGAGUCAAUGCAGAUAUUCAGGAAAUUUAUGGAUGAUUACGGUAUUGUCAAUAAUCAGUCACAACUUCCUGGUUGGUCGGUAGAUGUAUUUUUAGAACAUUUUUAAACACUUUAAAUGUUUUUUCUAUGCAAUAUCUGGGUUGUCCCAGGGACCUGGAUUUCAGUUAUGGUGGUGCUAUGUGGCAUUUUAUAGAGGGCUAUAUCUGAGAGAUGACUUUGAGAUUGCCAAAGUAUGGACAAUAUAUUAGAAAUUAGAAAUUCAGUGUGGUAGUAGUGAUGUGAGUGUGUCUGGUAUUCAACAUUUGGUCCUAGUAUAGACCUCAAUGAUGGAGAACAAAGCACCUGAGACCUUAACAUUGAUUGCCUUGCAGUUCAUAGGCUAC